AAUCUUUUAGUUAAAGAAAUUUAGAUCAAAGAAGGACGCAGAAGCAAAAUAGUUGCUCCUGCUCCAUUUGGUGCCGCAGAAAAGACGGCUGACCCAGUUAAGCGCGAUCAUGCUCAGAGUGGGGGUAAGUAUCGUCAUUAGCCUGUACUUGCUGUUGCUGUUAUUGACGGUCAGUCCCACAGCGGCAUCGGCGGCUUUGGGUUGGGAAGGCAGGAAAGAAGAGAGCGAGAGAGAGAUGGGCAGCUCCGGAUCCAAGAGCGUACGCAGCGGCUGCGAGCCGUCGGCACCGCCACCGCCUACCGAGAAGAGCAUUUUCAUACUGUCCGGGCAGAGCAACAUGUCCGGGAGAGGCGGAGUGGAGGGCAAGAAGUGGGACGGCGUAGUCCCUCCCGAGUGCCGCCCUUCCCCUGCCAUCCUCCGCCUCAAUGCUCACCUUCGUUGGGAAGAAGCGCGAGACCCGCUUCACGCCGACAUCGACACGGCAAAGGUCUGCGGCAUCGGCCCCGGCAUGCCCUUCGCCAACGAGCUCCUCUCUCAUCUGGGACCGCACCGGCCGAAGGGGCUCGUCAUCGGCCUCGUGCCGUGCGCGGUGGGCGGGACGGCGAUCAAGGAAUGGGGGAGAGGAUGCCACCUCUACGAGGAUAUGGUGAAGAGGGCUAAGCAUUCGGUGGAGGAAGGCGGUAGCAUCAAAGCUCUGCUCUGGUAUCAGGGGGAGAGCGAUACCACGUCUGACCAAGACGCACAAUGCUACGGGAAGAGGAUGGAGGAGUUGAUACACAACGUUCGCUCCGAUCUGCAUCUUCCGGACCUGCCUGUGAUACAGGUGGCAAUUGCAACGGGUGAUGCUAAUGGCAUUGACAAGGUGAGAGAAGCACAGCUGGGAAUGAAACUCCCCAGCGUCUAUUGCGUGGAUGCAAAAGGGUUGCCCCUUAAAAGUGAUCAUUUGCAUCUUACCACCGAGGCUCAAGUCAGGCUAGGCAAAAUGUUGGCCCACGAAUACCUGAAGCAUUACAGUCUCUGAUGUACAAUUGUAGUGCCUUUUGAUCGAUUUUUCUUCCUCGGACUCGUUUUCAUUUGCUUAUGUUGGUAAUUCCAAGAUUAUGCCAAUAAAUUGAUAUGUUUAGCUAGA